AUGACCCAGCAACAGCAACAGUGGCGCGUCGGCAAGCGCGUCGCCGUCAUGGGCGGCGGACCUGGUGGCAUCUCGACAGCCCUCGCUUUCCAUGCCCGCGGUUUUGACGUCCGCGUCUUUGAGCGUCAGAAGGAGUGCACGGCCAUUGGCGGCGCCGUCCUCCUCUCCGUCCCCGUCCUGGCCGUGCUCCGCUCGUACGGCAUCGACGUUGAAAACUUUGGCUCGUUUACGAUCACCCACUUUAUGAACAACAAAGGCACCGACCGUGUGAUUCUCCCAUUCAACCCCAAGGUCGAGGAGGCCAUGGGUAUCAAGGGAUGGCACUAUGGCGUCCUGCGCUCCUCUGCGUUCCAGAAGAUGCUCGACAAGGUUCCUGAGGGGAUGAUCACCACCAACGCCGAGUGUGUCGGGUACGACGAGAACGACAAAGAAGUGACGGCCAAGUUCAAGGACGGGUCGACAGUUCAGUGCGACCUGAUUGUAGGCGCUGACGGGAUCCGGUCGGCGGUUUCACAGGAGAUGUUUGGCGACCCCAAGAUCUUCCACUGCGGUAUCCGCCUUUGGCUCGCAUGGUGCGACCCCAUCCCCGAUAUCCCUGUCAACAUGGGUGCGAUCUGCCACGAUGACAAGUACCAGGCGUCAUUCUUCCCCAUGACCCAUCAUGAGGGCAAGCCCGGUUACGAGUGGUGGGUCGUCGAGCCCUCUUCGCCCACGGCAGAGGUCCCCACCGACGUCAAGGCGCACGUCCAAGGCAUUCUCAACAACUUCGCCGACCCCCUCCCGCGCUUCCCAGACGCGACCAACUUUGACACCCAAGUCUACCGCUGGGAGAUUUACAACCGUCCAGCACUCGACAAGUGGUCCAAGGGCCGUGCCGUGUGUGUCGGCGACGCGGUCCACCCCGUCUCGCCCUACGCCGCUUACGGGAUGGGCAUGGCCAUCGAGGACGGCUACUACCUGGCGCGCGCCUUUGACGGAAUCGACCUGAGCGACAAGCGCGCCGUGGCCGCUGCCUUUGAGGUCUACGAGUCGGAGCGCGUCGACUAUGUCAACCACAACAUGCUGUUUGCCCGUCGCCUCGGCUACAUGUUCCACCAGGUGCCUUGGCCACUGUCCAAGCUGCGCGACCUCGUGUUCGACCACACCCCCUUCAUGAGUCACUUUAUGAAGUCGGGGUACCUGGAGAAGUCGGAAAUUGAGACUUUGGGGUUGAAAGAGCUUCAUGUAAGGCGGGAGUAG